GCCAAUAUGGGUCAUUUUCAGACCAAGACCAUGAAAGUGGUGCAAGUCAUCAUCAGAAAGUACUACACUCUCCUGGACAAUGACUUUCACAUCAAAGAGCAUGAGUUCGAGGAGAUCGCCAUCAUCCCUAGCAAGAAGCUCCUCGACAAGAUCGAGAUAUAUGUUACUCAUCUGAUGAAGCGGAUCCAGAGAGGCCAUGUGAGAGGUAUCUCCAUCAAACUUCAGGAAGAAGAAAGAGAAAGGAGGGAAAACUAUGUCCCUGAGGUCUCUGCUUUGGAUCAGGAAAUCAUUGAAGUGGACCCUGAUACCAAAGAAAUGCUGAAACUCCUGGACUUCAGCAGUUUGUCCAACCUGCAAGUUACCCAGCCCACAGUUGGGAUGAACUUCAAAACACCAAGAGGGACUGUUUAG